UGUUUAUCUUUUCUUGUUCAGGUUUAAGAAAGUUGUACAUGUUGGACUAAAUUGAUGGAGUGUCUCUUGGGUUUCGCAUCUUCUCUUUCAAGAGAUUUAGUAUGUGGAGCAUUAAAUCAAUUACGUUAUCCUUGUUGCUUUAACAAUUUCGUCAAAAGGCUCGAACAAGAAGAGAGCGAUUUGAUUAUAACGAGGGAUAGUGUCCAAAAAUUUGUUGCGCAGAGCAAGAAACAAACGAAAAAACCUAGUGAAAUUGUGGACAAGUGGCUGGAAGAUGCUAACGAUGAUGUAUACAAUGUGAAUCAGUUGCUGAAAGAGGCAAAAACAAAAAAUCAUUGUUGCUUUGGGCACUGCCCAAAUUGGAUUUGGCGAUACCAUGUUGGAAAAAAUUUAGCAAAUAAAACUAUGGACCUCGAAAAGUUCAUUGAAAGUGGUAAAAAAUACGUGCCAUUUGACCGGAUCACUACGCUUCCUUCAAACACCCUUGAUACUCUUUUGGAAAAAUGCAUGAAUUUUGAGAGUAGACAAUCGGCAUAUGAGCAACUAUUGGAUGCAGUGAAAAAUAAAGAUGUUUCCAUGAUUGGGUUGUAUGGGAUGGGAGGUUGUGGUAAAACUACAUUAGCAAUGGAAACCAGGAAGUUCGUUGAAGCAGAACAUCUUUUUGACAAAGUUCUUUUUGUGCCUAUUUCUAGUACAGUGGAAGUUCGAAGGAUCCAAGAAAAAAUUGCAAGUUCAAUACAGUUUGAAUUUCCAGAAGCUGAAGAAAUGGAAAGAGCCCAAAGAUUAUGCUUGAGAUUAACUCAAGAGAAAAAUAUUUUUAUAAUUCUAGACGAUGUGUGGGAGAAGCUUGACUUUGGUCGUAUUGGGAUUCCUUCUUCUAAUCCCGGCUGCAAGAUUCUCAUUACCACUAGAUCAGAUUCAGUUUGUUCUUUAAUGGAUUGUCAAAGAAAGAUUUACUUGCCAAUUUUAACGGAGGAAGAAGCAUGGACUCUUUUCCAAAAUAAAGCAUUUAUAUCAGAAGGCACCCCUGAUACCUUAAAGGGUCUGGGAAGAUUAAUUUCCAAUGAAUGUAAAGGAUUGCCGGUUGCCAUUGCAGCUGUUGCUUGUAGUUUAAAGGGAAAAGAAGAGCCGGUAUGGAGGGUUGCAUUGAAUAAAUUGAAGCAUUCUAAGCCAAUAAAUAUUGAAAGAGGUUUGACUGAUCCCUACAAGUGCUUGCAGUUGAGCUAUGAUAAUUUGGAUACUGAAGAAGCUAAAUCACUUUUGCUGUUGUGCUCUGUGUUUCCUGAAGAUUUUGAAAUUGAAGUUGAACUUUUAACAAGAUGUGCAAUAGGAGUAGGUGUAGUUGGAGAAACUCUCUCAUAUGAAGAGGCAAGGAAUGAAGUGAUUGCAGCUAAAAUUAAGCUUGUUAGUUGUUGUUUGUUGUUGGAUGCAGAUUAUUAAUGUGUCAAAAUGCAUGACUUAGUUCGUGAUGUGGCCCACAUAAUAGCAAAAAAUGAGAAUAUGAUGAUCAAGUGUGAAGAGCAAAAAGAUGUUAUUGUGGAACAAAAUUCAAUCAGAUAUCUAUGGUGUGUGAAAUUUCCAAAGGAUUUGGAUUGCUCAAAUCUUGAGUUUUUAUUUUUACGGACAAAGAUGAAAGAACUUGAUGGGAUUUUCGAAAGAAUGGGAGUGCUCAAAGUUUUGAUUCUUGUCAAUGAUGAGGAUGGAAAAACUCCAUUGUCAACAGUAUCUUUCAAUACAUUAACAAAUCUUCGAGAUCUAUUAAUUUACAAUUGGGAAUUGAGCGACUUCUCAUUUUUAGGCGGUAUGAAAAAUCUUCAAAGUCUCUCGUUAUUUUAUUGUUUACUGCCUUCAUUUCCUGAAUUACAAACCAGUGUUGCAAUUACACCAACAGCCUUAAAAUUGUUAGAGUUGAAUGAAUGCGACAUUAAAGUGAAGAAUUUUGAAGUGGUGAAGAGAAUCCCGCUUUUGGAAGAGUUGUACAUUAUAGAUAUUGAAGGACAAUGGUAUGCUAACAGUGAAGACAAUAUUGAAUUCUUUAAGACGUUUAGUGUACCUGAAACUCUACAAAGGUAUGGAAUUGUAUUAGGAUCUCGUUAUUUUGAUGGUGGUAAUUUUAAAGAAUUUUCCUCAUAUGAUAGAACUUUAUUACUUAAUUAUUUUGACGUAUCAAAUGAGGUAAUGAAGGGUUUGGCAAAAAAUGCAAAGGAUCUAUUUGUAAGAAAUAUUCACAGAGGCGCAAAAAGUAUCAUCCCUGAUAUAUUUCAAAUUGAAGGAGGAGGUUUGAAUGAGUUGAAUACGUUGGAGAUAUGUGAUUCUGAAGAGUUGGAAUGUUUGAUUGUUACUAGUAGUCACUCGAGUGAGGUGGUGACUCUUUUGUCCAACUUGCAUACGUUGAAAAUCAACUGCAUGGCAAAUCUAAAAGCUAUAUGGCAUUGUUUUCUACCUGUCAAUGGGCCUUUUAAGAACUUAGAGAAGCUGGAUUUGAGUGUUUGUCCACGGCUGACUUCUCUCUUCACGUAUGUUGUUGCUCGGAGUUUGGUACAAUUGAAAAUAUUAAAAAUAUCAAGAUGUGAUGAACUGAAGCAUAUAGUAGCAGAUGAUGACAAAACGGGAAAAGGUCAAGAUGAAUUCACCACAGGACAUCCUGUACAAAUCUUCCAAAAUCUUCAGGAAGUAGAGGUAUAUAGCUGUCCAGAAUUAAAACAUAUAUUCCCAGCCAACAUUGUUGGAGGCUUAACUCAAUUGAAAGUUCUCGAGAUAAAAGAAUGUGACAUGUUAGAUCAAAUAAUUUCAGAUAUUGUUCCCUUAACAGACCAGGAUAGAAAAGAAGAACUUGAUGAAAUACUUGAGCAAGGAACUUUAUCCAACCUUGCAAACCUUAAGAUAACAUGUUGCGGGAAUUUAGACUCAAUUUUUACAGCAUCUAUAGCUAAGACCUUGACUUCUUUGGAAGAAUUGUACAUACAUGGGUGCAAAAGUUUGAAAGAUAUAGUAACUCACAAAAGGGUCAAUAAAAAUCAGGAGGAAAUCAUUGUUGAGGAUGAGCAUGAUUGUCAGAGUGAUAUUUCAAUCUUCCAAAGUUUGAAAAAGCUACAUAUCAGUGAAUGUGACUUAUUGGAGGGUAUAUUCCCCGUUUCUUUUGUUGGAGAAUUGAAUGAUAUAACAAAUAAAGAGGAUGCUGAUUUGAAAGACUUCUCUAGUCGAAAUAAUACUCAAAUUGAGCUUCCUGCUUUACAAGUACUUGAACUUGAUCAUAUUAGGGAUAGAAUAAUUGUUGGUAGUUAUCAUGUGAUAUGUCCAUCUUUAAGAACACUAUCAUUGAAUAUUGGGAGAUAUGUUGGAUUUUUCAACAUAAAUUGUUCAACAGAUGCUUCAGAAGCUACAAAAAGAGAUUUUAUUGCAAUCAAGAUAUCGAACUCGGAUGUUGUUUCCCCGGUUGAAAGUGUUGAAGAAUGUCUUUCAAAACAACCACAUGGUUUGAACUUGAUUAUGAUACACAAUAUUAGAGAGAUUAAACUGAAAGGCUUUGAUAAGGCAAGGUACCUUUUUAAACUGUCCAUUGCUUCAUCAUUGAUGUUGGAAAUUUUGAGAAUUUCGGAAUGUGAUGGACUUGAGUACAUUAUAGACACUGAUGAUGAAUAUGGCACAGAGAAUAUGAAGGCUAUCUUUCCUAACUUAAAAGAGCUCUCAGUGUAUAAAUGUUUGCGGUUGAAAUAUAUGUUUGGCCAAUAUCACGAAGCGAAUAAGGAUUAUAAGGAGAUUCAUAUUCAAUUAUCAGCAUUGGAAAUACUCUCUCUUAAUGAUCUACCAAACUUUGUUAGCAUUUGUUCUACCUACACUCUCACUGUGACGUGGCCAUCUUUGAAGAACUUUCAUUGUAACAGUUGUUUCUAUCCCUUUUAUGGUUCUGUUAAUUGUUUGACGAUUAUCACAAUAUAUAUUUUUUUCCUUAAUGGACAUGAAAUGACUGAGCAACAAGUGAGUUUAAGGUUAAGGUAUUUGUCGUUGGAAUAUCUACCUCAAAUGACUUAUAUUUGGGUGGGUCCCAAGAAUUCAUUUACUCUCCAACAUCUUACCACAUUAAGAAUAAGGGGAUGUGGAAUGUUGGAAGUAAUCUUUCCUUCCUGUGUUUUAAGAAGCUUACCAGAGUUGAAGAGCCUAACCAUAUCAGAAUGCAUGGAACUGAAGCAGAUUGUAGGGUGUGAAAAAGAAGAAUCAAAGAAUUCUUUUACCUUUCCAAAUCUUAAAAGAUUAGAAAUAUUUGGAUGUCCAAAAUUAGAAGUAAUAUUUUCGAAGUAUGUUUUAAGAUGCUUACCAGAGUUGAAUCUUCUGCAGAUAAGAAAAUGCGAAAAAUUAAAACAAAUAAUUGAAGAGGAUGAAAAAUUGUCUAAUCAUAUUUCUCCUCAACCAUGCUUUCCAAAACUAGAAGCGCUGUAUGUUGGACAUUGCCACAAGAUGAAAAGAUUAUUCUCUGGAUCUGCAUCUAAUGACCUUCCCAAUCUUCAUCUUUUGAUCAUAAAUGGAGCCUUUGAACUAGAAGAUCUUGUUGGAUGUGAACAAGGAAAUUGUGACGAGAUAGGAAAACCUAAAGCUGAGCUUCCAAAACUCAAACUUCUAAUAUUUAUGCAUCUUUCAAACUUCCACCUAGAUACUCAUUUGUCGAAUUUAAAGAAUUGUGUUGUCUACAAUUGUCCAAAACUCUCUUUCACUUCAACAACUACUCUUGGGAAGCUUAUUGAAAAUUUUCCUUAUGAAGAAGAUUUUAAAAACACUGUAGUUGAAAGAUGGGAGUUUGAGGGCAUCAUAAGAUUAUUGAAUGAAGAUUCGACUAUGAGCGGUAGCAGUGAGUUCCGUUCAUCACAGGAGACUGGGGAUAUAGGAAAUGAGAGUAUUAAAGCUGCAGCAGAGGGAGCUAAGACAAAAUCUUUGUCAAAUGGUGUUGAAGACAUUAGCAUUGAAGGUGGUGCUGCAACUCACAUUGAGUCUAGUGGCAUGGACAUACCUGCACUAGAUUCAAAUCUUGUUGAACAAGAUGAUAAGAUGAAUGAAGGAAAGCCAGGAAUAGUGUUAAGUAAAGGAAUCCAAAUAGAAGAAGGGUUGAAUCUUUUGGAUAAACAAGAGGGAAUAGAUACUGUUUCGAACAACAACAGUGACAUUUCUCCAGAUAUCCGUAUAAGAUUGGGAGAAUAUAAACAUUUUGUUGAACUGGAUGAUGGACAAAUAUCUCUUCUGGUGGAGGCAAUAACAACAUAUCCUCAUCUUUGGAAUGCUUGUGAGAGGUUUAGUGAGCGCUUUCAAGCUUGGAGGUUGAAAAUUUUGGCAGAUAUGUUGUUGCUCCUUCAGAAGGAAAGUGGGGAUAGUAUGAUUCCUCAAAGAGAAAAAGAGUUCCAUAAAUUAUGUGAAGAAGCUAUUGAAGUUGGAUUUGAGAGUUCAUGGGUAGAGGAAAUGCGUCAACGUGUUGUGGCUAGGGAUCAUAAGCUGGGAGAGGACAUCGCUAAUAGACAAAUAGAUGAGAAUUCUAAGAGGUAUGACUAUUUAAAUUCUUAACUGUGUAAAGUAAAGAAUGAAUCUUACUGACUUUAUUGAUGCCAAUUAAAACGUAUAUAUGUUUCUCUUUAGAUAUACAUUUGAUGGAAAUGCAAUUCUUACAAGAUAAAAUAGCAUCAGUUUCUGACUAUUUUGUUCUUUGGCAAGGAAUUUAAGUUUGU